AACAACUUCUACCUCGGACCCAAGUCACCCAACACAUGUUCCCAGCUAGGUUAAUUGUCUGAAUAUACACUCCGUUGUAUAAUUGUACCCCCCAUAGCUCUGUAACCAACAGCACUUGAAGGCUGAAAAUUGUGUAAAAUGGGGAAGCUGGGAAAGAAAGCCAGGAAGUUUGCAAAGAAGAAUCUUCAAUCUGUUCUUCGGAAACAGCGAAAGACCAAGACUUUCUUCAAAAAGAGACCCUCUAAAGGUGGAAAGGAUAAGGGUGAAAAUGAGGUGGAGAAGACAGCUGUUGUUGUCACUGGAAGUGUUGAUGACAGAGCUAUCGAAGUCACCUCCCUUGAUGCAUUAUUUACAGACAGUGAUGUUGAAAUGGAUGCUUCAGAUAGUGAUGGAUAUUUAUCAGAGGACAACAGCUGUUUGCAUGUCGCUGAAAGUGACACUCCCCACGUGUUUGAAGGGAACAAUGAUAUUGGUACCUUGUCAACGAACAAUAGAAAAAUGCAAGAGGAACUUAUUAUGCAAAGGAAAAAGUUAGAUAGGUUGAAGAAAAAGGAUCCCGAAUUUGUGGAAUUUUUACGAAGCUACAAAAAGAAAGAAGUAUCGAGAAUGGAAGAGAUGUACUCUGACGAAGAUGAGGAAAAUGAUCAUAUAUCACAGCUUUUGGAUGAAGAUGAUUCUGAUAAAAACAAGAGCAAAGUAUUGAGUACUUUAUUAGUUAGUUCCUGGUCUGAACGAGUUAAAGAAGACCAUAACGAUUCCGCUCUCAGUAGUUUAUUAAAUGCAUAUCGAGAUGCAUGCCAUUUUGGAACUGAAUUAAGCGGUCCCGCAGAUGAUGAUUUGUGCUAUAGAAUUCAAAACAGUGAAGCAUUCUGUAAUGUAAUAAUUUUUAUGCUUCAAGAGGCCGAUAAUAUAUUUCGCGGGUUGCUGAAGAUAUCACCAACAACUUUGAAGAAAGAGACGAUACUGGAACUGAAGAAUACUUCUAAAUGGAAAAAGAUAAAACCAUUUGUGAAGUCUUAUUUGAGGAGCACACUGUUCCUGUUAAAUCAGGUCACUGACUCACAGAUAUUAGCUUUGUCCUUAACCCGACUCAGAGCUUCUACUAUAUUCUUUGCCGCCUUCCCAUCUUUGCUGCAAAGACUUAUUAAGAUUUCAGUCCACUUGUGGGCAACCGGAAGUGGGGAUCUAUCAUCAUGUUCUUUCCAUAUCAUUAAGGAUGUAGCUGCUGUGUUUAGCUCUAGUUUUCUGGACACCUGCUUGACAAGAACAUAUAAAGCAUACAUUGCUCGCUGCAAAGUUGUAGAGAUAGCUGACAUUCAACAUAUAGAGUUUCUAAAGAAUUCUUUUAUUGAGCUUUGCUCAGUAGAUGUGCAGAAAUCAUGUGCCAUGGCAAUAUUGUCUAUUAAGCAACUUGCCAAAAUAUUGCAACACGGUCUAAAAACAAAAAAUGAGGAAGCUAUAAAAAGUAUAUGCAGUUGGCAGUAUGCGAACUGCAUCGAUAUCUGGGUAUCGUUUAUAACUGCAUACGUAGAGGAUUAUAAUCUUAAGUCUUUGCUGUAUACAACUAUUCAGCUUGUCAAUGGAGUGGCCUACCUAUUUCCCGGUCCAAGAUAUUUCCCCUUGAGGGUAAAGUGCAUCAAGUGGUUAAAUAGCCUAUCCCGUUCUAGUGGAGUAUUCAUUCCCAUUGCAUCAUUCCUUUUAGAUACACUGGAACAUAAUACUGGCAAGGAAGGUGGUAAAAAUGUUAAAGCAAUUAAUCUUACGUCAUCAUUGAAGCUGCCAAAACAGUGGCUGAAAUCUCAUAGCUUUCAAGUAGAAUGUGUUUUCUUAGUGAUUGAGAUGCUUUCAGUGCACUUUGCCCAAUGGAGCUACCAUAUAUCCUUUCCAGAUCUAGCAACUAUUCCACUUAUCCGACUUCGAAAGUUCUAUGAGUUAACAAAUGUUGAAAGUGUGAAGCGUUCCGUAAAGCGCUUGAUUGAUCAGGUUGAGCAAAAUGUUGAGUUCGUGCAAAAGAAAAGAGAUGAAGUUUCCUACUCGCCUAAUGAUCAGCAAAACGCUGAUUCAUUUCUUCAGCUGGAAAAGGGAAGCCUCAACAGUCCAUUUACUCAAUAUUACAGAAGUGUCAUGGAAAAGGCUGCCUCAAGGAAUUUGCACAUGUUUCAAGAAAUAAGUUUCCCAAAGCGGAAAAGGUCAGAGAAAGGACAAACCGGUAAUGACGUGUCAGAUGAUUUGAUUGGUGAAUCCGGGGGAAAAGUUCUAUCCGGAAGUGCUGGAACAAUCAACUCUAAAAGGAAACGACAAAGGGUCCCCAAAGUAUAAGGGUGUCAUACAUGUAUUUGAGUCAGCCAUGUAUCAGAUAGAGAUGACAUUUGAAUCAGUGGUGGUGACAUCCAGUUAGGUCUAUCCGCGGUUUAGACAUUUAUAUAUGUUUUGCAUUCUUUCAUGUGUUGUCUGUGCUACUGAUAAAAUUUAGUUAUCUUUACAUAUUCUUAUGCAUCUCAACCGUUAAAUUGUGUAUAA